UACACGUCACCAGGAAGUAGAGCUUUCUGGUGCCAAAAUGCAGAGACAGGACACUCAGGAUGCCCCUCUUUUUGGAGAAGAGGAUGAGAAUAACCAGACAAAAAGGUCCAAAAUGAGACAUCCUCUGGUGUCUUUUUUCCAUCUCUUCUUCCGAACAAGUGCCAUCUUGGUUUAUCUCUUCUGUGACAUUCUCAGCGGUCGCUUUGUUGUCUGCAUGGUCACCAUCAUACUUCUGCUAUCAUGUGACUUCUGGACUGUCAAGAAUGUAUCCGGCAGAUUGUUGGUGGGUCUUCGAUGGUGGAAUCAAGUGGAUGAAAAUGGGAAGAGCCACUGGGUGUUUGAGUCAAAGAAGACGCACAGCAAAAACACAAAGUCCAGCGCAGAAUCCCGGGUAUUCUGGCUCGGGCUUCUUGUGUGCCCCAUUUUCUGGAUCCUGUUUGUGUUCAGCACUGUCUUCUCCUUUAAUAUUAAAUGGCUGGUUGUGGUAAUAUUGGGCUUGGUUUUACAAUGGGCAAACCUCUAUGGUUAUGUCAGGUGCAAGGUGGGUGGAAAGUCUAACCUGAGAAACAUGGCAAAGAACUAUCUCGGUGUCCAGAUUCUUAAACGGCACAUGGGUGAUUUAAAUUCCAGGAUUUUAGAAGAGGAUUUGGAUAAGGAAAUCAUUCCUUUUAUCUUGAGGGUGUGCCACUUUGUAGCCUUUGACAACUCAUGCAUUUUUGUAGCCUCAUGGAAAAAUACAUUUUACUGUGCAUUAUUGGGAAAAUGUAUGUAAUUACCUGUUACCUACCCUUUUUAUGGUGUUUGAUAUUGGGUAUUGUAAAGACAAAGUGUUUUGCAGUUUAGCUGUAAAUUUAUACAAAAGUUGGUCAUUUUUGUUAAGGUAUGUUUAUGGGAAAUUAUAUGCUAUGAUAAAUAAGAAAAUAAAGGUUUACUGUCA